AUGGCUGGCAUGAUAUCGCGAAGAGCCAUGGCGAACGCCGGCAGGGCGUUCGCGUUCCCAAUUGUGAGAGCGCAGAGUCACCGGCUGCCGUGCUAUACCAGACCAUUAUUAGCAUACAGGCAAUUCUCUGUGUCAACCAGGCUCUCCUCGGCCGAUGUAUUCCAUUCGCAAUUGCAAGACCCUUCCUAUGCCGCAAUUCACUCUGCGAUCAAAUCGAAUACCCUCGUCCCCCAAACCUUGACCGAGAAGAUUGUCCAGAAAUAUUCAGUUGGCCUGGCAGAGGGUAAAUUCGUCCGGUCAGGGGACUAUGUUACCAUAUCGCCACACCGAAUUAUGACCCACGAUAACAGCUGGCCUGUUGCAUUGAAGUUCAUGUCCAUUGGAGCAUCCACGUUGAAAGACUCGAACCAGAUUGUUAUGACUUUGGACCACGAUGUGCAGAACAAGUCAGAAAAAAACCUACAGAAAUACGAGCAGAUUGAGAAGUUCGCAAAAAAACAUGGUGUUGAUUUCUACCCUGCUGGAAGAGGCAUUGGGCACCAGAUUAUGGUUGAGGAAGGCUAUGCUUGGCCAGGGACCUUGGUGGUGGCUUCUGACAGCCAUUCAAACAUGUACGGAGGAGUAGGAUGUUUGGGAACACCAGUGGUUAGGACCGAUGCAGCCAGUAUCUGGGCCACCGGAAAGACCUGGUGGCAGGUGCCUCCUGUUGCGAGAGUGAACUUCACUGGAGUCUUACCCAAGGGCGUUACUGGAAAGGAUGUCAUCGUGGCACUCUGUGGGUUGUUCAACAAUGACGAAGUUCUCAACCAUGCCAUUGAAUUUACUGGAUCAGAGGAGACCAUGCGCAGCUUGGAGAUCGAUGAUCGCCUAACGAUAGCAAACAUGACCACGGAGUUCGGAGCUCUUAGCGGUCUCUUCCCAGUUGAUUCUAUGCUAAAAGGAUGGCUACGAGCAAAGGCUACCACCGCAGCAAUGUGGGGAUCGACUGUUCCUGACCUUCCCAGCACAGCUGCCACAAGGUUUAAUCAUGAGCUCCUAGAAGAGAUGUUCGAGCAACCUUUAGUCGCAGAUAAGGGAGCUAAAUACGCCAAGCAGCUACAUCUCGAUCUGUCCACUCUUACCCCGUAUGUCUCUGGGCCCAACUCCGUCAAGGUAGCAACACCCUUAGAUGAACUCGAGGCUCAAGAUAUCAAAGUCGACAAGGCCUAUCUGGUAUCCUGUACAAACUCGAGAGCUUCGGAUAUUGCCGCUGCUGCGAAGGUGUUCAAGGAAGCUGCCGAGAAGAACGACGGUAAAAUCCCAAAGAUUGCAGAUGGUGUUAGGUUUUACAUCGCAGCUGCAUCGAUCCCGGAACAACGCGCGGCGGAAGAGGCCGGUGACUGGCAGACUCUUCUCGAAGCUGGUGCCGAACCCUUGCCUGCUGGCUGUGGUCCAUGCAUUGGCCUUGGGACCGGCUUGUUGGAGCCCGGGGAAGUCGGCAUUAGUGCAUCUAACCGUAACUUCAAGGGCCGAAUGGGUAGCACAGAGGCAAGAGCCUACCUUGGUAGCCCUGAGGUUGUUGCAGCCAGUGCCCUGAAGGGAAAGUUAAGUGGCCCAGGAUGGUACGAGAAACCUGAAGGCUGGAAUGGAGUUGUCCGUGGAGAGGGUGAGGGUAUUAAGGACGACGAUCUCUUGACGGCGGAACAGGCUCUUGAAAAGGUUAUCGGACAACUAGACGAUCUGCUUCUUGAUGCUGAGAAGUCAUUUGGUGUUGAAGAGCCACAGACACAGCCAGAGGAAUCAUCCACUGGCCUGACCGAGGUAUACCCUGGUUUCCCUGAACGUGUCUCGGGGGAAAUUAUCUUCUGCGACAGCGACAAUAUCAACACGGACGGUAUUUACCCUGGGAAAUACACAUAUCAAGACAACGUUCCGGUUGAGCAGAUGGGCGAGUACUGCAUGUCCAACUAUGAUACCGAGUUCUCCAAGGUAUCAAAGGCAGGAGAUGUCCUCGUAACAGGGUAUAACUUUGGCUGUGGAAGUUCUCGCGAGCAAGCUGCCACUGCUAUUCUAGCUAGAAAUAUCCCGCUUGUGGUUGCAGGCAGCUUCGGUAAUAUCUUCUCGAGGAACAGCAUCAACAACGCUCUCAUGGGAUUAGAAGUUCCUCGCCUCGUCAGCAGGCUACGUGAGACCUUUGCAGGACAAGGCAAACAGGCAACUCGACGAACCGGCUGGACUUUGACGUGGGACGUACGACGAAGCCAAAUUGAAGUCCAAGAAGGCCCUGAUGGACAGAAAUGGACACAGAAGGUUGGAGAACUGCCACCGAACGUACAAGAGAUCAUAGCCCUUGGAGGUUUGGAAAAAUGGGUCAAGAACUCCAUCUCAACCUCUUCUUAG